CAAAUAUAUAGGGGUGAGAUUCAGAGCUGUGUAGUCCAAGAUAUAAAGCACACAUUCGGAUGAGGUGUUCAUUAAAAAUAAAUACAUCGACUUUAUUUGAAGGUUUUUAUCGGAAUUCAGACGUAAGACUGUGUUGUAUCCCUGGUGGGAGUUUGAACUGUUGUAGUGAUGUCUACGGCUAGCGAUGUGGGUAAGCAGGACUGGGUGAACUGCCUGUACUACAGUGUGUCCGGCACUAGUAUCACCAUUCAGUGUCAGUACGCCUGCUGUGAACACGCCUGCUGCACCAAACAGGAGGCUGAUGAGAUGGCCGCGAAAGAUAAACUUGCUUCUUGGCAGAUAGCUUUGGUUGUCGUCAUACCUGUGGUGUUUGGACUUCUUCUUUAUGCAUUAACCUCCUUCUUCCAAAGACGGAGAAUGAAGAGAAUAAGGACAGCUCUGAAUGCGGAAUUACAGAGAAAAAUAAUUGCAGGCGCGUUAGCGCAUGCGCGGGUUAACGCACGAAUGAAUAAUUUGGCUGCGGAGCGAAUGGCGCGGGAGAGUCGGGGUCCGCAGCCGCCAGAGGACACCAUGCUAGAUCCCCCGUAUGAUGGGUCUCUAGCGGAGUCAGGCCUGCCCACCAGACGGGAGGAUCCUUCAGACAUAAAACAGUCCCACUGUUACCGGAACCCUAUUGAUGACUUCGAUAAACUCAACUUUAACUAAACAGUUUCCGAAUAGAACGUUAUGACUAUUAAACGUAAAUAUUAAAUAUGUGUGAAUAAAUCCAACGAACGACA